UUAUCGAAGAGUCUAUUUAUCUUACACUUUACCAUUUUUACGUUUCAAACUUAUUUUGAGUAUAACUGUGCUUGAUGAUUUGCUUUUUACCAGUUCAGCAAGGAUUGCCAUUCAACAAGGAACUUUUUUUAUUGCCAAUUUCUCCUUCAUACUACCCCCUUUAAACUUUCUGCAAUCUAUAUUGAAGGGAUACUACCUGCAAACAAGGAAAAUCAAUGAGGCAAACUCAGAGAGGAGGUGCAGAGGAUGUUUAACCAGAAAGUCAAUGAGGCAACGAAUGGAAAAUGCGGGGUGUGUUUCGUAUAAAAUGGUGGAAGAUGGAAAAAUAAAAGCAACUGGUCUUCCAAUGAAUUUUACUUUGAAAAAGUCAUCAGCAUAUGGGAAGCAUUAUAUGCAGAUAAUAAUAGAAAACAAAAAUGAAAUCAAAUUUGAAGUUAUAAGUGAACAAGGUAAUAUUGAAGACCUUGAGCCAAGUUUUCAAGUCCUUGAAUCAAACGAGGCACCAGAAAUGGAGGAGCAAGACAAUUCUGCAGGAGUCCUUGCUUCUAAAACCUUGGGCUCUAAAGAGACAUCAGGUUGGUUUUCAGUGUAUAUGAGUAUAAUUAUUGAGACAAUAAGAAGCAACAUUGGGCUUCAGCUGAAUAACACAACCACCAAUAUAUAUUCUAAAAAAGCUACUUUACAACAUUAGGAACAACAAGAGUAUACCUAAAAAAUAUAUUAUUAUCAAGAGUAGUAAUUUUCAGGAUGAGAAUAAAAUAGAUUUUACAAUGUACUGCAAUCAAGUGAAAGGCAAAUAACCCAGUAUAUUGAUUCUGAACACCUCAGGAA